AUGCCAGAAGGCACUUUUCACUGCUCAACAUGUGAAACUUGUAUACUUUCUAUGACUCAACACUGCUAUUUUACAAAUAAUUGUAUUGGAAAGCAAAAUUUCAAAUAUUUUUACCUGUUUAUGAUAUGAGUAUUAAUAGGGUCACUUUUUGUAUGUGCGCUAUUAGGGCAAUCAUUUUUAAGGAUUUUUUUAAAGGACGAAGCUUUUCUUAAUUUAAUUAAAGACCAGAAAAAAAUUAUUGUGUUUACUUUUGUCUUUUGUUUUGCUUUGCUUUUUUCUGUAAGCAUUCUUUUUGGGUAUUACACAUAUUGGAGCAUUGACCAAAGAAAAAAAGAAUUUGAAAUUAAAUCGAAUAAAUAUUUAAAAUUAUCACAAAGUAGCAGAGGAAGAGUCAUAGCUGGAAUAAUUUUUUUAAAAAAGUGUUUGUUGCCUUUUUUUGAACAAGAACGACAUGCUGAAGAUUUUUCACAUGUAAUUUAG